AGCUAACAGCACAUAAAUGACGCACACAGAUAGCGCAGGUGCAACCUGUGCUUGCCAUACCGAUGUGAAUGCGCAGCGAAACGGUAGUGAAGAUUCACAGGAUGCUGGUUUUGACAAAUCAAGUGCUGUUGUGCAGGAGAAUGUGUCCGAGGAACGGCAACCCGGAGAGGAGUGUAUUCUGCUUGGUGCGGCGGCGAUAGCUGCGGGUGCAGCUUUGUCGUGGUUAUCAAACCACUAUUUCUCGGACACUAUUCCGUACGGAGAACCUGCUGACUCAGCAAACACAGUCCAAAUUUCGGACAAGAACUCUUGUGUGGUCCACACCUAUCUAGAAUUUUCGGAUACAGUAUAGUUUGCAUCCAACUUGUGGCCACAUAAUCACACAUCCUCCAAUUGAU